GGUAGAAACAACAUCAAAUAGAGAAAUGGGUGUUUCUUCUCUUCGUCACUCAAGAGAGGUUUUCAGAGUUUUUUUCUCAAUCUCAGCAUUCUACCAGAUCUUUCUGGGGAUUUCAGUGACCCAGGCAGCCAUAACCAGGCACUAUAAGUUUAAUAUUCAAUUGCAGAAUGUGACGCGAUUAUGCCACACGAAGAGCAUGGUGACAGUGAAUGGGAAAUUUCCAGGGCCAAGGAUUGUGGCCAGGGAGGGGGACAGGCUGCUCGUCAAAGUGGUUAACCAUGUUCCAAACAAUAUCUCCAUCCAUUGGCAUGGAGUUCGACAGCUUCGAAGUGGAUGGGCUGAUGGACCAGCGUAUAUAACUCAAUGUCCCAUACAAACUGGGCAUAGCUAUGUGUACAACUUCACCAUUGUUGGCCAAAGAGGAACUCUAUUUUGGCACGCCCAUAUUUCAUGGCUGAGAUGCACUGUCUAUGGCCCCUUAAUCAUUCGUCCAAAGCUUAUGGUGUCUUACCCAUUUGCCAAACCCUACAAGGAGGUGCCCAUAAUCUUUGGGGAGUGGUUCAAUGUAGAUCCUGAGGCAGUGGUAAGCCAAGCUCUCCAAACUGGUGCUGGCCCAAAUGUCUCAGAUGCCUAUACCAUCAAUGGUCUUCCCGGGCCUCUCUACAAUUGCUCUUCCAAAGACACUUUCAAACUAAAGGUGAAGCCCGGAAAGACUUACCUUCUCCGACUCAUCAAUGCUGCACUUAAUGACGAGCUCUUCUUCAGUAUCGCUGGCCACACUCUCAAAGUCGUCGAAGUCGACGCCAUCUACGUUAAACCCUUUGAAACCAACACCCUUCUCAUCACCCCCGGCCAGACAACCAACGUUCUCCUCACGACAAAAGCCCACUUCCCCAACGCCACCUUCCUCAUGGCCGCCCGGCCCUACGCCACUGGCCAGGGCACGUUCGACAACUCAACCGUAGCCGGAAUUCUCGAAUACCAAUCACCACCCAAAUCCACCCCAAUCAAAAACCUUCCAUUGUUUAGACCAUCGUUACCUUCUCUGAAUGACACAUCUUUUGCAGCCAAUUUCACGGGAAAAUUACGCAGUCUGGCAAGCUCUCAGUACCCGGCCAAUGUUCCCCAAAAGGUUGACAAGCGAUUCUUCUUCACCGUUGGCCUAGGAACAAACCCUUGUAACCAAAAUCAAACUUGUCAAGGUCCGAACGGAACAAAAUUCUCGGCUUCUAUCAACAAUGUUUCCUUUGUAUUGCCAUCUACGGCUCUCCUCCAAACCCACUUCUUUGGACAGUCGAACGGAGUUUACAGUCCAGACUUUCCGUUCAGUCCUGCGAGGUGGUUUAACUUCACCGGAACACCACUGAACAACACCAUGGUGAGCAAUGGCACGAAGGUUUUGGUGCUACCAUUCAACACGAGCGUGGAGCUGGUGAUGCAGGACACGAGCAUUCUUGGAGCGGAGAGCCACCCUCUUCAUCUCCAUGGCUUCAAUUUCUUUGUUGUGGGACAAGGGUUUGGGAAUUUUGAUCCUAACAAGGACCCUAAAAAUUUCAAUCUUGUUGACCCCAUUGAGAGGAACACAGUGGGCGUGCCCUCCGGCGGCUGGGUUGCCAUCCGGUUUUUGGCCGACAAUCCAGGGGUAUGGUUCAUGCAUUGCCACCUUGAAGUGCACACAAGCUGGGGUUUGAAGAUGGCUUGGCUUGUGUUGGAUGGAGACCUUCCCAACCAGAAGCUGCCCCCUCCGCCGUCCGAUCUUCCCCAAUGCUGAUCUUGACUCCCUCACAAAACAAUUCCCUCUGUUACUUGUUUUUAUUUUUUUCCUUUUAGUCUCUAUUUGUGUAUUUUCUUUUUCACUGUUUCAACCCACAUGAGUUCCUUUUGAUUCAUCCUCCGAGAAAGAGUAGGCAAUUCUCUCUUUUUUUUAUUUCCCUUGUAACAUUUGGAGUGGAAUAUGUUGAUGGGCAACAAUGCCUAAAUAAGGCUGUUUUUUAUUCAAUAGCCAAAUCCAUCUUUUUCUCCUUAAAUUUUAUAUGAAAA